UUCAUCUCUUAAUUUGAUCUGUUUCUUUAAGAAUAAAGAACCACACUAAAACUAUUAUUAUUAUUAUUAUUAUUAUUUCAGGAUAGUAGUCCUCAUGGAAAUCUCCUACAAAUUAUAAAACAGGUGGGUCCAACACGUAUUAUAGUCAUUGAUAGAUGACUGUAUCUCCAUCAUAUUCAAAACAAAUAUAUGCUAAAUAAAAAAAAAAAAACAUUAAAAAAACAAAGACACAAAUGAUUUAACAGUUAAUCCUUAAAUUAAUCUUUUCUUUAGAAUUUAUAAUUUCUGUUAUUUCUUUCUUUCUCAAACGCGUUCCCAACUAUACAACGUCAAACCUAUGUACAAUACAAACUGACUCCCAAGAAUCUUCUAUUUAUCUUCUUCAUUUUGGACCCUUUCCCUUAUACACUUGAUCUCACAUUUGCUCACCCAUCUCCGUCGUUCCCCUUUAUUUCCUUUACUUGUUCAAAAAUCUUCCUCUUAGAAACGUAUACUUAGUCUUUCUACUUAAUAUUUUUUUCUUUUUAUAUAUAUAAAAGUAGUAUUCUUCAGUCUUCAAUCUCUGGUAUUCAAGUUUUUGAUAAUGGGAAACUACAUCUCAAGCAAGUUAGCGAACCCAAUACACAGAAAGUCAAGAAAGUCGACAAAAGUUGUCCUUCCCACCGGCGAAAUCCGGAAAAUCCGUCAACCCACCGCCACAAAGGCCGCCGAGCUGAUGAUGGACGUACCCGGCUUUUUCGUUGUCAACACCAAGUCGCUCAAAAUUGGCAAAAGGUUUUACCCCCUGAGCGCAGAUGAUGAUCUUGAAAAGGGUAAUGUGUAUGUUAUGUACCCAAUGUAUAGGAAGAACUCUGUUGUCACUGCUGGUGAUAUGGUUGUUCUUUUUGUCACUGCUAACAAGGUGAUGAAACGUGGUGCUUGUAAAGGGAAUGAUAUUAAUAUUAAGGUCUUGCCUGAGUCGCAGUCAUCUGCCGCAGAAGGCGUGGAGGAUGAGGCAUCACCAAGGUUGAGUUUAGAGGGUAUUGAACAUGUUAGUACUCCUCAGUUUAGGUAUAGGAUGUCCAUAUCCAGGUCUAAGAAGCCAUUGUUGGAGACUAUACAAGAAGAAUCCAUUUGUUCAAGGUGAUGAUUUUUUAAUAUGCAAAUGGGGUUUCUUUUGGGUAUUAUUAGGGUUCUUUUUACUCUAUGGUACUAGCUAGAUGAAAAUUUAGGAAAAAUUUGUAGCUUAAUGUAUUUUUAUUUUAGUUCAUAUGAUUUAUUUUUUUAUCA